AUGCCAAUCGACUACACAAAUCCCAACGUGCUUAAGUUUGUAAUAGAAAAUUUCACCAAAGAAAAUGAGCGACGAAUAUUGUGGUUCAACAAAAAUAAGGAAAAAAUCUUAAAGGCAGCUGAACAUAACAAGCCAACAAAAUAUUGCGUUGAAGACGUUUCUAGAGCAAAUAUAGAACCAUGUAUACAGUCUUUAUCCUUACAUCAUGAGAGUAGUAACGUAAAUCGAAGGCGAAAACCUAUACGAGACGGCAAAAUAAACUUAUCAGCAAAGUAUAGUCCUCGAAUAAAGGCGAAGUUAAGUAAGGAGGUCGAAAUGAUGGACGUAAAACAAAUACCUAACUCGAUUAUGAUGCCUGUCGAAGAAAACGUGUCAAAAGUACUCCACGAAAGCCAGCCGGACGGAGGUCGGCUCCAAUAUCUCAGGAAGAGGGCUAGAAAAAUACCUGAGGAGCGAUAUUAUUUCUGCGAAACUAGCAAUAAUACGUGUGGGUGGAAGUUGAAUGAAAGUAAGAUGGAGUACUGUCACUCAAACAGACGUGUCUAUACUUAUAAAAGAGAUGUAUUAGCUCGCUCGGGACCUCAACCUGAUCCUGAUUACUAUGGUCAACCUCUAAUGACAAAGAACUUUAAAUGUUCUAUUUAA